AUGAAUAAUAUGGUUAGUCUUCUGGAAAAUUUCACCAAUUCGUUCCCACGUAAUAUUACUGCUUUGAACUCCCAAAAAAGGGGAAUGCCACUACAGGAAACAUCACCAAAUAUAAUAAACAAGUCGCCUUUCAAAAACCAACCUGGUUCUGUGAUAUCUUCAAAGAAAAGAGUAGCAGCAAGCCCUGUAUCUUUGCAACGUGAAUCUGUACGGUUGAAAAUCAAUAAACCAGAAUCUGCUCUGGUAGAUUUUGAUAGUCCAUUUGGAACCACUGAGGCUGAAAUCGAGUUAAAUUAUAGAAAUUGGUUACUAGAAAGGCGGUUACAACAAGCCAACGAGAUGAAAGAUUUUCUAAUACUAGAGCAAGAAGUAUCAAUAUAG